ACACUAUGUUUAAUCUAACGGCCUCCAGUAGAAAAAUAGUGACAAGGGCCUCUGUGUCAAUAUCUACGCCCCAUUUGGCAAGCAGUCGGUGGUUCGGUAUAAGUCACGUUGCGUCACAGAACAAACCGUUACCUUCUACCCCAGAAAUGAAAGAUGAGAAAUGGAACCUCAAUGUUGAAGGCUCAUCUGCAGAAGGUUCCACCAAGAUAGCCUCCACAGUUCUAAAUAUGACCAAUCUACUUAACGAUCAAAGAGACCCACCUUUAGAUAUUGACGACUAUUUUAUCAAGAAAUUUAAACCAUUCGACAACUACGAUCCUUUUGACUUAUCCAUGAAACAAAUUGAAAUCGACCAAAGAGCUCGGAAGUAUCCAAAGAACAAGAAGUCAAGAGACCCAUUUGCACGAAGUGGCAUUAAUCCCUUGGACUUGUACACAAUGCCGUUAAUUUUAUCUAGGUUCUUAACAUCGACGGGCCAGAUCUUACCAGCUACCAUCACCGGAUGUAACCCUAGAAAUCAAAAGAAGCUCGGUAUUGCUAUCAAACGAGCAAGAGCAUGUGGGUUACUUAGUUCUGUCCACAAGGAUGUAUCGUACUUACCUUCCAGAAAUCUAUAAACUAUAGCAGCCCUCUCGAGUCACCCUGUAUAUAGUCGACAAAUCACUACACUAUUUUCGCAUUACCCGGUGCCUCCACCAAUAAUAGCCUCAGGCAAUAUUUAAGAACUUGUAUUUCCUCUCUCACUCCCGCUUCAGCGAAAACCCCCAAAUUAUAUUCAUUCAUCAAAAUGUUGGCCAGAUCAUUUGCUAGACAAUCCGUCAGAUCCCUCUCUACCACAAGAGUGGUUUUAUCUUCUAAUGAAGGUGCCACUGCUGCUGGAAAAGAUGCCUUCUCUGACAGAGAAAGAGCCCAAGAAACCGCCUAUGUUAAGAAACAUGAAGCUGAACAAUUGAAGGCCUUGAAGGAACAAUUGGCUAAGCAAAAGGAAACCAUCGACCAGUUGGCACAAGAAAUCAAAUCUUUGAAGAAAUAAACGCAUAUGUAGCUAAUGUUAAUAUAUACAUGGAUUCAUAUUGGACAAUUUGUCCAAGUUGAUCGUAGAAGGUCCUUUUUCCAGGAGUUAAUUGUGUUGUCAUUAACACAUCAUAGAUAUUUUAAGUACUCGUAAAACCAUAUUUGACAUCAUCGAAACAUGAUUCCGUUACUGGUUUGUGUUCUAGAUGAUUUCAUGCACCUAUAAUCUUUUACUCCAGCUUUUAGACUCUCCUUUGUAUGAUCAAGAAUUU